CUGCCUCAGUUUUCUGUAAUCGUUUUUUCUGCUGCUGCUACCUCCAGUUAAAUAGCUAGGACACGGGAGCGAGCAGACGGCCGUGUGAGGAUAUACUUUUUUCGGUACCUUGGGAUUACGACGCCGAAUUGCAGCAUCGACGGCCAGCCGCCAGGUAAUAUCGACACACGCAUUCAAGCCGCGCCUCGUAGAUUCACGAAAAGGCCCACGAUGUCCAGCGAAGUACAGAGACCGGACGACAGCCCCAGCACCAGCGGGGGAAGCUCGGAUAUCGAACAAAGGGAAUCGGUACCGCCCGAGCAGGAGCGCGAGCAAGCACAGCCCAAAAAGAAGGAGACCAAGAUCUCGAGUAAAACCGCUGCUAAACUCUCAACUAGCGCCAAGAGGAUUCAGAAAGAGCUCGCAGAAAUAACACUAGACCCUCCUCCCAACUGCAGCGCUGGCCCAAAAGGAGACAACAUCUACGAGUGGAGGUCGACCAUCCUGGGACCCCCGGGCUCCGUGUACGAGGGAGGAGUCUUCUUCCUGGACAUCGCCUUCACGCCAGACUACCCCUUCAAACCCCCCAAGGUCACCUUUCGAACGAGGAUCUAUCACUGCAACAUCAACAGUCAGGGGGUGAUCUGUCUGGACAUCCUGAAGGACAACUGGAGCCCCGCCCUCACCAUCUCCAAGGUGCUGCUGUCCAUCUGCUCCCUGCUCACAGACUGCAACCCAGCCGACCCUCUGGUGGGAAGCAUCGCCACACAGUACCUGACCAACAGAACAGAGCAUGACAGAAUAGCCAAACAAUGGACGAAGAGAUACGCCACAUAGACUCCCCCCCUCCUUUACCUCCCUCCUCCUCCUCGUCCUCCUCACUGCACCUCUCUCUACCUCUCGCUCUCACCCUUAUUAGUCUGUCAAAGCACACUCACUAAGUGCAACGGUAAACCCGCCCUCCUCUCCUCCUCAGACUCCUCCCUCUCUCCCACAUUUUAUCUACCUUUUCUGUGUUAAAAAAAAACAACAACCUUAAACUAAAAAAAAAAAAAAAAAAAAAAGUCCUUUGUUCCUUGUUGACUUGAAAGCUUCUUUUUUAUACAAAGAGUAGAUUGGGAUUUUUAUUUUCCAAUAUCUGAAUGUUGGAAGUAUUGUAUUGGAGAAAAAAACACAGAAUAUAAUAACGAUCGUACGCAUCGUCCUCUGGCUACACAGUAUGUAUUCUUCAUUUUCUUAGCAGCACCUGGAACAAACAUGCAGAUGAUUUGCUUUAGUUUUGCUCUUUGUUUUUUUUAUCUUGUAUUUGUCAUCGACAUGUUAUCUGCAUGUAACGGGAAGGUUUGCGUCAAUGGAUCCUUCAUGCUUUUUUCACCUCCUCUGAUUUUGUUUGUACUGUAUGUAUUUUUUCAAAGGCUUUUGAGGCAGACCACAAAAGUAUAGGUCUGCCUGUGAAAGAGGCAGGACUUGUAUAUUUACUGGCUACCCGCCACCUCUGCAAUUGCAGAGUGGUUUGUUGUGCACUUGUAUUACUGAAGCACCCAAUAAAAACACACUGUGGUCGGCUUGUGAGAAAAAAAAAAAAAAAAACA